AUGGAGGCCCUCAGCUCAGUCAACACCACACAGGAAGUGCAUCGCCUCCUGCCUCCGCCGCCGCUGCCGCCUGAUGAUGACUACGACCCGAACGCCAGCGCCGUUCCUCCGGGCGUGAAUUUUCCGGAGGACCCCAUUAGGCUGCUGAGCGUGCAGGUGGUGCUGAUCCUGGCCUACAGCACCAUCAUCGUGCUGGGCGUCCUGGGCAACUCCCUGGUCAUCUACGUCAUCUACCGCUUCAAGACGCUUCGCACCGUCACCAACUUCUUCAUCGCCAACCUGGCUGUCGCCGACCUGCUGGUCAACACCCUGUGCCUCCCCUUCACCCUCGUCUACACCCUGCAGGGCGAGUGGAAGUUCGGCGGGACGCUGUGCUUCCUGCUGCCGUACGCUCAGGGCCUCGCCGUGCACGUCUCCACGGUGACGCUCAACGUCAUCGCCCUGGACCGCCACAGGUGCAUCGUGUACCACCUGGACACCCGGAUGCGUAAGGACGUUUGUUUCGGGGUGAUAGCGCUGACCUGGGUGUUGAGCGCCGUCCUCGCCAGCCCUCUGGCCAUCUUCAGAGAGUACGGCUCCUUCGACCUGGAGCCUGGACACACCAUACAGGUGUGCACGGAGAAGUGGCCCGGGAACAACACCGACGGCACCGUCUACAGCAUCUCCAUGCUGAUCCUGCAGUACUUCCUCCCGCUGUCCAUCAUCUCCUUCGCCUACGCCCGCAUCUGGUCCAAACUCCGCGGCCACGUCAGCCCGGCGGAGAGCGGCGGCGGCAGCAGCGCCGGCUCCGAGCGCCACCGCCGGCGCCGCAAAACCACCAAGAUGCUGGUGACCAUGGUGGUGGUGUUCGCCGUCAGCUGGCUGCCCUUCCACGCCUUCCAGCUGGCCACCGACAUCGACAGCACGGUGCUGGACAUGCGCGACUUCCGCCUGCUCUACACCGUCUUCCACGUGGUCGCCAUGUGCUCCACCUUCGCCAACCCGCUGCUCUACGGCUGGAUGAACCGCAACUACCGCGUCGCCUUCCUCGCCGUCUUCAAGUGCGGCCGUGGCGGCGAGCGGGGGAGGGGCGGCCGGCUGGACAGCAUCCACCCGGUCGGUGGCAGGAAGCGAGGAGGAGGAGGAGGAGGAGGAGGAGGGAGGGCGAAGAAGAUCGUCCUGGAAACGCAGGAUGUGGUGUCGGCACACCUGAACGCCACCGACGUUUGA